AUGGAUCUACAAAACAACAUUAUGAACUCCGAACUUGAAAAUCUCAACUCAUCUGAAGUUAAUCUUCAUGGGUUUAUGCCGAUGUCUGGUGACAAUUUCACUUAUCAUCAUCAAAGGCCUCAUCCUCUUGCGUUUAUGCCCGUGCAAGAUGAAGCUGAUGCAAUUCCGAGUUUCAAUUUCAUUACUGAUCCCCAAUCUGGUUCUGUCUAUGAUGCUAUUAACCAGUUCCCUACAACCGGGGACACUACUUUUGGCUUAAAUCGAGACGGUAUGGUUACAAGGGUCGAAAGCAUCAUGAAUGUGAAUCCUAAUGUAUCUCCUCAUGGAUAUGUGGGAGAAAAGAAGGGGUGUGGAAGUAAAAAGAGGAAGAAAAACAACGACGCCGUGGAGGAGAAACCGAGAGAAGUUGUUCAUGUGAGAGCAAAGAGAGGUGAAGCAACUGAUAGUCAUAGUUUGGCUGAAAGGAUGAGAAGAGAGAAGAUAAAUGACAAGCUAAGACACUUACAAGAUAUGGUUCCCGGAUGCUAUAAGACGAUGGGCAUGUCAGUGAUGUUGGAUGUAACAAUCAACUAUAUUCGAUCAUUACAUAAUCAAAUCGAGUUUCUGUCAAUGAAGCUUUCAGCAGCAAGCAUGUUUCAUGACUUCAACUCGCCAGAAAUGGAUGCUAUGGAAAAUGUUAAUAAGGGAACAAAUGGACAUGAAGCACAAGUGAUCAUGGAGAGGACGGUUGUUGGACAACAAGGGUAUGGAGGAGACCUUCCUCGCUUUCAAUCAACAUGGUCUCCUUCUUUUCCAUGA